UGCAUACCCAUUCUAUACCAUUACAACACUACCUCUUUAAAAUGCUGACAGCACGCCGAUGCGUGGCAAGUCCAACAUGUGUCACAGACUUGUGCAUCUCAGGCUUGUUGACUCGGUUGCAUAGCUGGGAAAUAUGUCCAUCACUUUCUAAGCCGAUCUCGUCACUCCAGUUAGACGCGAACGCUGUCGUGGAGGCGCCAAUCGCUAUUAGAGUCUUGCGCAAGGAGAAGCGACUGGAGCUCGCGUACGCAUGCGGUGGCAAAAUAAGCUUGCCUGCAGAGCUACUUCGCGUCUGCAGCCCUAGCGCGGACACCAGGCGUGUCGAUCCUCGCACCGGCAUUACGCGGGUGGUAGCGGGGCGGCGGCACGUGGGCAUCAUGCGGGUGGAGCCAUUGGGCAACUACGCCAUACGCAUCCACUUCGACGACCUUCACGCCAGCGGCAUCUUCACCUGGGACUAUCUGGCGCACCUGGGUGGGACCGGCAGGUGGCCCGCCAUGCGCGAGUACCUGCGCCACCUGCGUGCGGCGGGGCUGUCCCGGGACCCGAGCCGCAAGCCACCGCAACACCAGCAGCAACAGCAGCAGCAACAGCAACAGCAGCCGCAGGCGGUGUCCAGCCCGUGCGGCGGCGGGGCUCACAGCAGCAGCACGGAUGGCGGCUGAGCAGCGGCGCACAGGCGGCGCUCCCGGCCAAGUGAAGACAAGUGCAUGCGCAACAGCCAUGCUGCGCAAGAUGAGGUACCGCGUAUGCCAAUGCUGAUUCCUGCCACGCUCGGGCGGCGAACAGCCCAUUCCUGACACGGCAGCAGCUUCCGGCAAGGGCUAGAGCCCGGGCGCUUCAGUCGAUCCGCUGCUUGCACAACUCGGGUGUUACCUUGCGCUCGGGACUUGGGGGCCUACCGGCCAGUGGGUCGCCAGCCGCCAGCCGCUCCACCCGCUGCCGCCCACCCUUGAACCGCCGGCACCAAUCGCCGUUCUUGUGACGCCGUCAGCGGUGCGCACACAAGGCACGUCCGACAGCGCAGGCGAUGCAUAUGUAUAGAUAAUGCACGAAAUGCUGGACUGAGGGUGGUUUAUGACUCAGAUAGGGCAGACAGCAUGUGCGGCGGGUUGGCAAGCCCAGCGGCUGACUGGUGAGCUGGCAGGAAGUCGGAGUUGUUUUGACCAUCUGCAGCAAGAAGCUCAAGAUGAACGGGCACAGCCCAUGACAAGCCGUAUUGCUGCUCUUCUGCAUCCUAAUUCUGCGUGACGUUGACGAUGGAGGCGGCGGGUGACCGCUGGGGUGACCAGUCGUCAAUUGCGCAAACGAGAAGAGGGGGCGGGGGGGGGGGGCAUCCUUUGGCCAUCCUUGGUCGAUCUCUUGGUCGAAUCCACAAAUCCAGCUGUCCGAUUUGGGAAAUGGUCAAUUGUCACAUGACCGGUCGUAUCCUGCUACAACUCAGCGUACCGUAUCCUUGUCGCGAGGGGCCCUCACCUUCGAGCUUACUGCCGCUUGAACGAAUGAAGGUGAGGCGGCAGCGAGCACAUCAGUUGGCACCAGGGACACCCCUGCUGGAUAGUUGGCACUGGCAACGGAGGUUUUGGCAUCGCACACCCAAUAGCACGCGCGUUGUCUGUCAGCAAGGCGGUCUUCUGGCUGCUGGUGAAUGAGACACCGCCACACAGGCCGCGGCACAAGGGCAAAGGCGCGCAAAGAGGC